CGAGUUCAGGCUUCUUGUGAAUAUCAGAAACAGUGACCUGCAAACCACUUACCUUGAUUCAUUUUGCAAUUCUCGCCUCAGUGCGGCCGGCGCCGCUCGAUCGUCCCUGACGGAUCUAUCCACGCCGCCGUCUCUCUUCCAACCGCGUCAGCUAGAAGCGGCGGAGCGCACAAACGCCUGGCGGCGAUGGGGCGUGGCGACGCCCGAGGCGCCGCUGCCGGCGCCGACGACGGCGGCGAUGUGGAGGUGGUGCCGUCGGGCAGCGCGCUGUGUGUUGUGUCGGGCUGGCUGGGCAUGACCGAGGAGGAGGCCCUGGCGGAGGCGGGGCCGGCAGCGGCCAGCACAGCGCCCGCGCCGGCGCGCCGGCAGCAGUUCCUGGGACUGGGCGCCAAGUACCUGCCGCAUCACAAGGCUGUGGAGACGGCCACUGCGCUGGACAACAAGCUGCGGCGGCGGCUUGAGCGAGGGCUGGCUGCGCGGCAGGAGGCGGAGGAGGAGGAGGCGCUCGAGCACAGGGGCGGCAAGCGGCCGCGGACAGAGGCGGUGCCGGGCCGCGACAAGCUGGGCCGGGGAGGACUGCGGACAGCACAGGGCGGCGGUGGCGCCGGCAAGCGGGCGGCCAAGGAGGAGGUCAAGGAGGAGGAAGAGGAGGAAGAGGAGGAGGUGGAGCGAAAAGGGGCGGCGCCUGCCAAGAGCCGCACGCACGUGGCAUUGCACACAGGCGGCGCCGGUGCACAUGCGGCUCAGCCCAAGCCGGCGGGGGACAACGUUGCAGACGGCGGCAGCGACGGAACCAAGGGGCAAACGGCUGCAGCUUCUGCUAGCAUGGCGACGAGAGAAAACCCUGCAGCGCCCUUGAGCAGCAAGGCGGCGAGAGAGGCACUACUCCUAGCGCCGGUAAACAAAAGCAAGAAGAACACGAAGAGCAAGAUGAAAUCAUAGGCAGGGCGCGGCAGUGCUGGUGCACUGUAAGUACGUGAUCAGUAUUGAGAUUAUCAUGAAGCGCGUUUGGGCCGUGGCCUGGCGCUCGUGACUAUGGCGGAACAUGACGGAUGGCGGGGACCCAGCUUUCUGGAGAGCCGGCAGCAGCGGUUUGCGUUGUCUCCGUCGGUCCCGGAGUUUCCGCAAUUCGCAUAUGGGUGAUAAAGCUCACAAGAUGUAUUACUGAAGUGGUUUUGAAGCCUGAAAAGCUUCAGGAUGCUCAUGCUGGAAGUUGCGUACGCGGUUAAAGUGGGCUUGACCGGCGCCAUCUAGUGCAGCCGCUGCGUUUUGUAUAUAUAUAAUAACAGCACGCAAGCUGCUUGCUCCCCUUGUUUUUAUAAGGAUGUCAGCAUCCUUGGUACUCGAUUGGUUUUCAUAGCGGGCGAGGCGUUGCGGUUGGCAAGCAAGCGCUGGCGCAGGACUUGCCUGAAUGGCUUUUCUAUUUGAA